CUAGGUGCGCGUUCUCGCGGCCGGCGGCGGGAGGCGAGGCGGGAGCCGAGGGCGCGGGCAGCUCCCUGUGCGCGCGCCUUGCCCUUCUCCCCUUCCCCCUCCCCCCCCCCCUCCCCCCCCGCCCCUCCCGGCUCCGCCGCCAUGUCGGAGGAGAAACCCAAGGAAGGUGUGAAAACGGAGAACGAUCACAUCAACCUGAAAGUGGCGGGGCAGGACGGCUCCGUGGUGCAGUUCAAAAUCAAGCGGCACACCCCGCUGAGCAAGCUGAUGAAGGCGUACUGCGAGCGGCAGGGCUUGUCGAUGAGGCAGAUUAGAUUCAGAUUUGAUGGACAACCAAUUAAUGAAACAGACACACCUGCACAGCUGGAGAUGGAAGAUGAAGACACUAUUGAUGUGUUCCAACAGCAGACAGGUGGAGUGUGUUAAGACAUGCCGUCCUUUUGAGAAAAGGAGUUUAAAGAUCCUCAUCACACCUCACUUUCUCAUCUGUCCUUGGAUUUGCUAUUAAAUAGUAAAGAAAUGAACAUGCCAAUCACACAGGAUUCUUCUAAACUUUAGAGGACGUUUACCAAAAUUGCUUGUUGUCUUUGACGUACUGCGUGUGCAAGUCAAAACAGCAUCUGCAGGGAUUAAUCUAUAUCUUAAAUUGGGCCAAUUUGAUUUCAGUUCAGAUUAAGUAAUACUCGUCUCUCUGCUGGUUUUGUGGGUUUUUUUAAUCUUUUUUUCUUCUUUUUUCUUUCUUCAAACCUGUGGCCUAAAUAUUCGUCCAUGUGUUAGGGCAUGGAGUGUUCAUUCCUGGCUCUUGUCGGUCUUGCCCCUCUGUUUAAUUCCAAUCAUGUAAAUAAUUCAGUAUAUUUUCAUGCCAAUUGUGAGCAUAAAAGUUUCCUGUUAAGAUAUACCUAGGAGAAGGAAAAGAGAUGCUGAUUUUGUUUUUAGCAUGUCUUGCAAAUGUUACUUCAGAAGCAUUAAGCCUGUGACGCAAGGCUAGUACAUGCAGAUACAAUGCUUAGUAUAGAGUUGGAGUUUAAAAUAUUGCAGAUUUACAUGUGCUUUGUCAUAUUAUGAUAAAGUCAUUCGAAAUAUACUUUUUUAAUGCAGAACUGAGAUUUGUCAUGAAUUAUUGUCAGAACCAGUUGGCAGAGCAGUUGGUCCAAAAUCUAACGCUUGUGAUAGAGCAGCAGUACUUUUUGGUGCACAAGCUUACAAGCAGAGAAACCUGCCACUGCAACUUCAGCCAUUUGCUGAGUCCUGGGCAGAAUCUUGUCACCUUCCUCCUGCCCCCUUUAGUAUGUCUCUUUAUUUCUUAGUGGGUACUAGAAGCGUGUGGCCUCAGGUUUCUUUGUAAUACUUGUUUUUGGUAGAUAACUUGAUAAAUGAGGAAAAAAAGCGCCUUUUAAUGUCACCAAGCUGUAUGUGUGGAAGAGCUGUCAAGAACCCGGUGAGCAAGGAAAGAGAGAGGUGUGUGUGUGUGUCACGUGUUCAAAAAAAUAAUAAUCUGCCCUGCUGUCUCCCAAAAUUUACUGAAUUUUCAAUGGUUUUGCGUGAGAGGUUUGAGCUCUGCACAAAGCGUGGAGUCUGUUCCAGAUGAAUUCUGACAAAAGUUACCCAGUUGUCCCUCAGCGGGUUUGCUGCUGCACCGUGGGGUCGUUACCUGCCUCUUGAUAUGUACCCGACCUGUUUGGCCGUUAGAUCAUCUCCUGCUUGCUGAAAAAGUCCCUGUUUUCUUUUUAUUUUUCUUGUAUGUGGGCUGGGGUGGGACAUCCCGUAGAUCACAUUGUUUAUUCACCGAUUUGUACAUUUAUUUGUUGUCCUUUACUAUUGUAUACAGUAAAUCUAGUUUGGUACUCUG